UUCCGUUUUGUUUGUAACAAAAAUUAUUUUGAUUUGAAAUUGAAAUUUGCUCAAAUUGCAUUAUGUUUGUCGAUUGAAUUGAAAUAUUGAAUAUCUGAGUGACAAUCGAAUAAUGGCAAAAAAAUCCGGUUUUGUUACCUGUGGACCAAAUGAGGCAUUAAUUGUUUCUGGUUGUUGUCAUCGUCGUCCAUUGAUGAUACCCGGUGGUCGAGUAUUUGUCUGGCCUGGUGUACAAAAAGUUCAAAGAAUAUCAUUAAAUACAAUGACAUUGGUAAUCGAAAGCCCCCGUGUUUACACACAACAAGGUGUACCAAUAUCGGUUACAGGUAUUGCACAGGUAAAAAUCCAAGGACAAAAUGCCGAUAUGUUGCGAUCAGCAUGCGAACAAUUUUUAGGGAAAACAGAUGAAGAUAUUAUGAUUGUUGCAAGAGAAACACUUGAAGGACAUCAACGUGCUAUAAUGGCAUCGAUGACUGUUGAAGAAAUUUAUAAAAAUCGUAAAAAAUUUUCCAAGAAAGUAUUCGAAGUUGCAUCGACCGAUUUGGUGGAUAUGGGUCUAUUAGUUGUAUCGUAUACGAUCAAAGAUAUUAGCGAUGAAGAAGGAUAUUUAUUGGCAUUAGGUCAAGCCAGAACAGCUGAAGUGAAACGUGAUGCAAGGAUUGGCGAAGCACAAGCACAACGUGAUGCAACAAUUAAAGAAGCUUUAGCAAACGAAGAAAAACAAACAGCAGAAUUAUCGAAUAAAACCGAAAUCGCCAAAGCAUAUAGGGAUUUUGAAUUGAAAAAAGCAUUAUAUGAUGCCGAAAUUUAUACGAAACAAGCUGAUGCAGAAUUAGCAUCAGCAUUACAAACGGCCAUUAUACAGCAGAAAAUAAUGGAUGAAAAAAUGCAGAUAAAAAUUAUUGAAAAGAAACAAGAUAUCGAAAUACAAAAAGAAGAAAUUAAACGCCGGGAAAAAGAAUUAGAAGCGACCAUUAUGAAAGCGGCUGAUGCUGAACGUUAUCGCAUGGAAAAAUUAGCCGAAGCAAAUAAACAACGUAUUCAAAUGGAAACAGAAGCCGAAGCAAAAGCAAUCGAAUUAAAAGGUGAUGCUGAAGCACAAGUAAUCGAUGCUAAAGCUAAAGCUGAUGCAGAAAUUCUAGCGCAAAAAGCUGAUGCAUAUAAAAAUUAUGAAAAUGCUGCCAAAAUCGAAAUGAUUUUGAAUACACUGCCAAAGGUUGCCGCUGAAAUAGCCGGACCAUUAGCCGAAUGUAAUAAAAUUGUUAUGGUAUCGAAUAGUGGUGAAAUUGGUGCCGGUAAAAUAACCGGUGAAGUAUUGGAAAUUAUUACCAAAAUACAUUCAAGUAUUGCCACAAUGAUACAAAGUUCAUCAGCAACUGCCGCUGCCAGUGCCGCAACUUCGGGAGCUGUUGUUCAUCAACAACAAUCAUCAUCAGCCAGUACUGCAGAACAACAUGGAGGUCAACAACAUUUCCAAGGCCGAGCUGAAACAUCAGUCACAUCCGCAUCCAAAUAUUAUUUUCAUCCAUUUACAAGCCGAUCACCAUCACCCGGUGGAUUAUCAUCAACAUCAUCGUUACGAUUUUCAACAACAACGCCAACAACAAGACCGUUAUAAUUUGGAAAAAUAUUGUUCAAUGUAAUAUUAUCAUCAUCAUUUUAUUCAAUUUCAUCA